CUGAGCGCGCGACUGUCAAAACACCAGGAACACAAAGCCAAAGUUUUAUCCGUGGAAGUGAAAAGCUGUUAACUUCUCUUCUAUGAUUCGUCCACGGUAGCUUUUUCUAUUGUAUAGUUUUGCGAUGGCUUCGAAGGUGAUAUCUAGUGCUAAGGCCUUUUUAAAUAUUCUUCGAUCUCUUCAAGAUGAGGAAAGCAACCAUCAAUGUACACAUGAGGAGAACAUCCAAAUAUUAAAGAUGAAUGGAGACAGAGUUGAUGUGGUGAAUAUGUACUGUGGUAACCAGCCAGUCUUCAUCUGUCAAAAAGAGGUUCCAAAAAUAAAUGAAACAAAUGUUGAUGGUCAUGGUGAUGGUGAUGGUGAUGAUGCUGAUGCUGAUGCUGAUGUGUGUGUUCUCCAAACUGAUCCGGGACCUCAGCCACUCACAAGCAUGAAAGCAAGGCAGCUGCUGUCUUGGUACACACUAUCUCAAAAUACUAAUAUGUCAGGUGUGGACAACAACCCGGCAUUACAUCCUCUUUGGGUGCGAUGUGACAUGUCUGAUCCUGCUAGAACAACCUGGAUGGGGGCCGAAACGGUCUGCUUUGGCAAUAAAGUGUCCGGUGUAAAGUUCUACUCUGUUACAUGCAAAGGCUCAACAGUGGACAAAAGUACUUUCAUGACCUUGGAUGAGCUUAAACAGGAGCACAAGAAAAGGCAUCACACAUCUUCAAUGGGAAUCAAAGGCAGUGCCAGGUUCAACUUGUUUGGCUCGACUGUCAUUGAAAACACUAUGAUUGAGUCACAGAGCAGUGUGACAGUGGAUUUUAAUUGGAGUCAUGUAGAGCGUAUCCUUGAAACCCCACCCCUUUCCUCGACCGCUACACUGAAUAUCAAAGUAGCCAGUGGUGACAUGAGGAGCCCGAUGUUUGAGAUGUACAGGGAGCUAGAGUUUCUUCAGACUCUUGCUGAUGGUUUGAGAACUGGUGAGACUGAAUGGAUGGAACCUUUGCAAAGCACAUCAGCUGUCAGUCUGACUAAAGCCUACCUAGAAGAGCUUCAGAGCACUGCAAAUGCGCUCCAGGAUAAGGCUACAAAUAUAGUUGAUACCUCAAAGCUGAAACCCGACACAGACACUCCCAUUUUCAACUCUCUUUUGGAACGAAGUGACUUGGACUUUGUGGAACAGUUGUGGGUUCGCUUGAGGAAGAGUGUGACUUCAUAUCAAGAUAUUGGAGACAGUCUGAAAUUGGUCAUUGAAGCCCUGAAAUAUGGGGAAAUUAAACCAUGGAUUCACAGAGACAGCAGUAGCUCCCUCAGCAAGCUCAUCUUGGAGUCCUACCACCAGCAGAUCGAUCAUGUGUCUCUCACAGGUGUCACUCCUGUCCACAUGUUGCUGGAGAUGGGAUUGGACAAGAUGAGAAAGGACUACAUUAACUACCUCAUCGGUGAAGAAUUGACAACUCUCAACCACUUGUGUUACUACCUGAGCACUGAGGUUGAUCUACAGGAGCAAGUGAUCCGGCUGCGGAAACUGCACCAUCUGCUGGAAAUAAUUGUGACCUGCAGUACAUUCCUGGCUUUGCCCUACGACCGUCUGUUCCUUCUUACACAAUCAUGUUUGCAGCACUACAAAUCAUACCCGUAUGAUGAGGAACAUGAAUUCAAACUUCAGAUCAAACCAGCACUGAUCAGCCAUUUUUAUCAAAGAGAGCAGGCAGUUCUGUGGGGAGCUGAGGUGUCCACUGGCCAUGGUCCCCGUGAGGUCAGGACAUCCUUACAGCUCAGUGACAGGCCACUGGUUGAUCAUGUCAUCUUUGAAACAGAUUCCCCAAAUGAAACAGUGAAUGGGGAGAGUGAGGAUCCUGCCUUUUUCUCCACCAUGGUGUACUGCAGUCUUGUCAGCUUUGCAUGAAUUUACACAGCGCACAUCUGAACAAAGUUGUUUAUUUCAACAUCUGAUGUUAUCGUUAGCAAUGAACACAUUUUGAAAUACCAGGGUUUUCUGUCGAGACAUCUCGGUCAAUGUUUUCACUGAACAACUUUCAGUCGUCAUGUGUUCUGUCAGGUUUGAACUGAUGUAUUCAAUAGUGAUCGUAAGAAAUGUUUGCAGUUGUAAUAUUCCACAGCGGUAUUUCAAUAAGAAAUUCCAAAUUGCUGCAGAGCGAUCCGCAGUGUCUGAUAAUAAAUUGUUGUUAUUAUUAUAGCAGAACCCAGUUGUUUUAUAGCACACACUCACUACAGUACACAUCAAAUCAAUUAAGUUAGUCUUAUAAUUCAGUUCAAAUAAUGCUGUAUAUUCUCUAUAUUCACACGUGGUUGAUUAAAGAAAGGAUGCAUUUACAA